AUAAGUGAUAAAGCAAUUUAUUUAUAAAGUAACUAAAGAUAUUUCAUUUUGUUAGACUACAGGAUGGCUCCUCAUCACAACAAUCAGGACACCAUUUCUGAAAGAAGGUUGAGACCAAUUUAUGAUUGGUUAGAUAAUGGAAACAAUAAGAAAGCUCUUCAGGAAGCAGAGAAGGUGCUACGUAAGCAGCCAACCUUUCAAUGCUGUCGAGCCCUCAAGAGUUUGGCACUCAUGAGGUUGGGGAAAGAGGAGGAGGCAAUGAGUAUUCUGGACAAGAUACUAGAAGAGUGUCCUACAGAUGAAGGAGCCCUCCAAGCAAUGACAAUUGGAUACAGAGAGAUGAAACUGCCGGACAAAAUAUGUACAUUAUAUGAGAACGCAGUCAAGAAAGAUCCAUACAACGAAGAGUUUUUGUCCCAUCUCUUCAUGGCCUACGUCAGACUGGGCCAAUUGAAGAGGCAGCAGGCAACUGCUAUGAGCCUUUACAAGGUAAAAAUGAAAAAUCCAUACUACUUCUGGUCAGUUAUGAGUUUAGUUUUGCAAGCCAUUGAAGGGGAUGAGAAAAUGGCACAAACCGUGAGUUUACCGUUGGCGCUGAAGAUGGUUCAGAAGAUGGACAAGGAGGGGAAGAUGGAGCAGGAGCAGGAGACAAUGCUCUACCUUAUGAUACUGGAGUUAAAACAGGAUUGGAAAGGUGCUGUGGAUGUACUCAAUAGCCCCCUAGGGAAGAAGCUGGAAAACUCUGCGUCCUUUCAUCUUCACUGCAUCAAUAAGAGGAUAGAACUGGAAGAAAGACUAGAAAACUGGCCUGAAGUUGCUAGACUCAGCAGAAAUAUACUUCUAUCACAACCAGACAGCUGGGAGACAGCUACUAGUUAUGUCAGAGCUGUGCAUUGUAUACAGAAAUCUGGAAGAAAGGGAAGCUUGAAAGAGAUGCAGUACGAUCUUAAACCCAACAGAAUCGAUAGAACCCUAGUCGAGGCUGAGAGUUUGAUGGAUUGCCUGGGGAAAGGGUAUCCUGGGCUGAGAGGUCCAAAGCUUGCUAAGCUUGAAAUCUGUUACAGAACUAUGGAUGGGUGUUCUCUAUCUCUACAAGAUCUAUUAAUGGACUACAUUGACGUGUUCGGCACUAGACCUGUCUGCUUCUCUGAUAUAAAGAAGUAUCUCAAGGCUAUACCACUAGAGCAGAGAAAUAAUUUUAUUCUCAAGCUACGUGAGAGAUAUCCUGAUGAAGUUCCAAACUCGUCUGGAGAGAUCUAUCGAGAGAUCUGUUUGAGUGGUGUUGAGAGAUUUCUUGGCAAACAUUCUGAUCUCAGUACUGAGAUGGUUGAAUCUAUUGUGAGCGGAUUAAUCAACCGAUACGUAGCUUGUCAACCGCUGGUGGCUCACCUAGAGAGAACAGAGCUACGACCCUGUGACGGAUAUCUAGUGAUUGCUUCACAUCUACUCUGGGAGAAAUGGGAGACAACCAGAAAUAUCAGAUUUUUCCUGUUCUCUUGUUCUUUGCUUCGUCUUGGUUUACAGUACAGUCCGUCCAACUGGCAAAUGAAGUUCCUACUUAUCAGGUUGUGUGGUCGUGCUGGAGCAGGAUCCUUGUGUGACGAGGUUCAUGCUGGUAUAGAUGUUAAGCAUAUAAUACUGGAUACUCUUGGCUGGGUUAUACUCAGGGUACUCUUUAGUUCUGGACAGACUGACCGUUUAGACCGGCUUUACUGUCAGAUGAGCCGAUUCUAUUCUCAUUCUCCCAAGGAAACGAUUGAAUACAUAAUACAGGCAUACAAGUGCGGGAACUUUUCUCAGAUUUGUGAUAUCUACAAUCUUAAGCGUAGAAUACAGACAAGUUUCCUCUCACAUCUGGUACAGAUAGAUAGAUUGAUGUUUGAUCUUCUCUUCAAAACCCUCAACCAUGAUCAGGCCGUGAAUCAUGUUGGGUAUCCUGAAUACUCUACAUGGGAUAAUAUACCCUGGGAUAGACUUCGGGAUAACAGAGACUUCAGGACGAUUGUAUCCUAUGAACCCGAGGAGACUGCUACAACAGAGGAACUGGUCAAUGAUAGCUUCAAGGUUAGUUUCAUUCAGAACCUUCAAUUUAAUUGA